CACCGACUUGCUUCUUUUCAUUGGUCAGCAGAGAAAUCGUGGGGAACGCGAUUGGUCCUCCCGCAUUGGUCAUCCGCGUGUUGAAGUGUCUGAACGAGUUCAGGAAGCGGGCUGAAGAAAAAAAAAAUCUGGUACUCUUUUUGGUUCUGGUUGGAGGCCAAUAAAAUGUCUGCCGACAGCCCGGAAAAUCUUCUGUACGAAGAGACGGGGAGAACCGGACCCGAGCUGGAGGAGGACGAGAUCGAUCAGCCGCAGGCGGUCCUUGUCAUCCUGGACUCGACUGAAAUACUUAAUCUGGUCCAGGUGGAGUCUGGGAUUGUGGCUGACAUCGAGCUGGACAUUUUGCUGCCAUCAAGCUGUGAUGCCUACUACCAGAUCAAAAGUCAGCCAAUUAGCAACAGUACGUUAGCUGGAACUUUAUCUUCUCCAUCGUUAUCUUCCUCACAACCGUCAGUGAUGUCAUCCAGGGUUUUGAUGCGCCAGGACCUGAUGCGUCAGCAGGCUCUGGAGGAGGAAGAAAAGGAGACGCAGCAACAACACAAGCUCCGUCUAGCAGACUCUGUCCCUUCCACUUCGUCCCCCAUAUCUGUAUCUGUGUCCUCCUCCUCCAGAGCUCCUGCUCAGGUUCCUGUGGAGGUGCUAAAGGUGCAGACUCACCUGGAGAACCCAACCCGUUACCACAUCCAGCAAGCUCAGAGGCAGCAAGUACGCCAGUACCUGUCCACCGCACAGGGCGUCAGUGCCACUAAAACAGCCAAUGAUCGACCAGCUCCAGCCUUGCCAGUCUUGCCAGUCUCCUCUUCCCAACUGAGUUUUGUCCCCCAGCUGACUGCCGUGGACCGUAAACAGGAAAUGGAAGAGAUGGUCAUUGAUGACAUCAUCAGAUUGGAAUCAAGUCUCAACGAUGAAUUUCUGGCAUUUAAUGAUUCCGGACUUCAGAUUGCUAACACGAUGCCAGGGGCGAGGAUGGUGACAGACUUGUACAACAUUGAUGGGUCAAUGGUGGAGCCAACCAUCAGCGUCAGCAACAGCUGCCCUGCUAAGCUACACAGCAUCAAGACUGAAGUGAGCGAUGUGGGGACCAAUGCUGUAAUCAAAGACAGACAGAAGAAAGACAAUCACAAUCUGAUCGAGAGGAGGCGAAGAUUCAACAUCAAUGACCGCAUCAAAGAGCUCGGAGCACUGGUUCCUAAAUCUGCCGAGCUUGAGACACGGUGGAACAAAGGAACCAUCCUGAAAGCAUCAGUCGACUACAUCCGAAAACUGCAGAAGGAUCAGCAGCGAGUUCGGGAACUGGAGGAGCGACAGAGGAGGCUGGAGAAUGCCAAUCGUUCACUGAUACUGCACUUACAGGAGCUGGAGCGCAAAGCACGUCUCCACGGCCUCUCCUCCUCUUCCUGCACCUCCCCCUCCCCCUGCUCCUCUUCCUCUUCUCUGCUCUCCCCUUCCUUCCCUUAUGAGUUGUCUUCCUCCCUCUCUCCUUGCUCUUUCCCCUCACUGGUCACUCCUUCUCUGGAGCUGGACUCUCUGAGCUUCGCCGACCUGGACGAGCAACAGGGGGCAGCAUCGUCCUCUUCCAGACUUUUCAGCCCGGAACUGCUGCAUGUCUCCAAUAUGUCAGAGCUGACAGAGCUGCUGGUGGGGGAGGAGGAGGAAAUGGGAAGGGGUGCAGGAAAAGCCCUGAAUGCUGACCCACUGCUGUCGUGUGGAGCAUCAAGAAGUAGUAGCAGUUGCAGCAUGGACCAGGACCUCUGAUGAUGAUAACGACGACAUGAAAUAGACAUGGAGGUGAUCUUUUAGAGAAUGGUUCGGGGCAGGAC